UAAAUAUACUUGUACCCAAAUUUGUUCUGGUUUAUGUUUUAAAUAGAGUGGAGUGAAGAAUUUCGGUUAUAUAAUUAAAAAAAAUAAGUAAAAUCAACUCCUUAUUUAGCCAGUUUAGGUAAUUUUGCCAGUGAUCCUUGCUAGUUUUCUGAAGGCAGACCUGUCCACACUUUUGUCGCACGUCUUUGUUAUCGAUAAUUCCCGCCUCUUCUGGGCGUUAAGUGAAUUUCGCGAAAUAUUUGUUUACCAAUUGAAUAUUUUGGAAAUAAGAGCUUCCAGUGGAUUGGCAUCCAAGAUGAGCGCCAGCAACAAGACGUCGCGGAAGCAAAACCUUAAAUCCAUAGAAAAUCUCACGAAUUCGGAAGAGGACUCCGAUUAUCUGGACACACCAAUGGUUGAGGAUGCCGGGGAAUCCGAUUCCAAAGACACCAGGCGCCGUUCCACCCGCCGACCAAGUCCCACCAAGAAAUACCAGGCCUUCAAAAACGAAACCAAUGGAAAAACGAAGGACUAUGCAGGGAUGUCGGAUGAAUUGAGCAGUGAGUCGGAGGAUCUGGAAGAAGAAGAGGCUACGGAGGAGUUGGAGAAUGCUGUCCGUCCCAGUUCAAAGGAUCUCAACCUCAUCCAAUCGGAGUACAAUGUGGCCGGCACCAGCAUGUUUGGCUUCAACACGCCCAAAAAACGCGAUGCCAUGGCCCUGGCCGCCCUAAAUGCCACGCCCAAGACACCAAAAACCCCGCGAUUGGGCCUCAAAACCCCGGACACCAAGCGCAAGAAGUCCACUGAUCAGCCAAAGACACCCGCCCAUGUGCGCAGCCGUGUCAAGAAUCAGAUUGCCAAAAUAGUGGCCGACUCGGAUGAGGAUUUCUCCGGCGAUGAAAGCGACUUCCAGCCCACUGAUGAGCACUCCUCCUCCAGCAGUAGUAACAGCGAUGGCGCCGACUCCUCAGACAACGAUGCCGCCGAUGAUGAGCCAAAGACGCCCUGCAAAGCCCGUCGUGCCAUUGUGGUCCCCGUUCUGCCCAAAACUCCAUCGGCAGCUCGGCUCAGACAAUCGGCGAGGGCCAAGAAAUCGAAUGAGUUUGUGCCCGAGAGCGAUGGCUACUUCCACUCACAUGCCAGCAGCAAGAUCCUCACCUCGGAUCACACUUUGGACCGUUUGAAGAAUCCCCGCCUGGCCGCCGAUCGUGUGUUUAGCUUGCUGUCCGAAAUGAAGCUAUCCACGGAGCAUGAGACCUCCAUUAAUGCCAUUAUGGAGGAGUAUCGUUCAUACUUUCCCAAGUGGAUGUGCAUCCUGAACGAGGGCUUCAAUAUUCUCCUAUAUGGAUUGGGCUCCAAGCGGCAGUUGCUGCAGUCAUUCCAUCGCGAGGUUUUGGAGAAACAAACAGUACUGGUGGUGAAUGGCUUCUUUCCUAGUCUGACGCUUAAGGAUGUGCUGGACAGCAUCACAAGCGAGAUCUUGGACGCGGGCGUUAGUCCGGCCAAUCCGCAUGAAGCUGUGGACAUGAUCGAAGAGGAGUUUGCCCUGAUACCUGAGACACAUUUGUUUUUAAUUGUCCACAAUCUGGAUGGAGCGAUGUUGCGCAAUGUGAAGGCUCAGGCAAUUCUAUCGCGUCUGGCGCGAGUGCCAAAUAUCCAUCUGCUGGCUUCUAUCGAUCACAUUAAUACACCAUUGCUUUGGGACCAAGGAAAGCUAAGCAGCUUCAACUUCUCGUGGUGGGACUGCACCACCAUGCUGCCAUAUACGAACGAAACUGCCUUCGAGAAUUCGUUGCUGGUGCAGAAUUCCGGGGAACUGGCCCUCUCCUCGAUGCGCAGUGUGUUCUCCUCGCUGACGACCAACUCGCGUGGCAUAUACAUGCUUAUUGUCAAGUACCAACUGAAGAAUAAGGGAAAUGCCACAUACCAGGGCAUGCCAUUCCGGGACCUUUACUCAAGUUGUCGCGAGGCCUUCUUAGUCAGUUCGGAUCUUGCCCUGCGCGCUCAACUCACAGAGUUCCUUGAUCACAAACUGGUCAAGUCAAAGCGAAGCGUUGAUGGCUCCGAACAGCUAACCAUUCCCAUUGAUGGCGGACUGCUGCAGCAGUUCCUCGAGGAGCAGGAGAAGAAAUAAGCCGUCGACGUAAUUUUAGAACAUAUUAAUUUAUUAUCUAAUAUUGUUAAAUACAAUUACAAUUUCGCUUUUUAAAAAUGUCGUGUUGCUGUCACUUGUAUUGCCCAUUAGUGCAGAAUUUUCUUUGUUUGUCAAGUUCUACACAUUUAGAUUGGCAUGCAUAAAAGUUGUCGGUUUACUAGAUACACAUUUUAGAUGGCUAGUUUUGUCUUCCCCAAACUGAGUUCCUUCCAAUUGCGAGCAGAGCAACACAAAACUUAACACUCCAAGUGCUUACCACCUUCGGGGAUGACCGCAAUUAUAUUAGAUUAGGAUUAGAUGAGGCGAAAUAAAUAUAGCUAAGCAUGCCAAAAUUAUACAACUCCCUACCGGUCAUCCCGUGGUUCCAUCCAUUCCAAAGGCUAAUAUUGGUUACCUAUUACUAUACAGACACGCACAUACACAGAUUAAAGCAUUGGACUUGUAACUAGUUAAUUGUGCAUUCGAAACAAAAUGAAAUUGCUGCGUCUAAGGCUAGUUUAUUUACACUUUCUUGAUAGAUAGCAAAUCACAUGCAAUGUCAAUCGGAAGUACACAUACAAUGGAAAUCGUUCGUAGUUGAUCCUAUCAUUAUUAUUUUACGUUAUUGCAAAAAUUCUACCCUUUCCUGAAUACCUGAAUUGUACACACCAAGUUUACGAUCUGCAUUUUAGCAUAUAAAAUUGUCAUCUCUGCCUCGCUUUUCGUUUAUUUAAUAGUUAGAUAAAUUGUUAUCACGUUUACUUUACUCGUAUAUUUAACGUUCGUUUGUGGGAAAAGUUGAAAUGUUCUGAAUCAAUCAGAAGAGAAACCACCCAAAAGGAUCUCCCCUUUACAAAAUGAAUCGAUGCAUAAGUGUUUUUGUUUUUUUUCAGUUUAUAUCUGCUUACUAUACACAAAUUGCUACUGUUUGCAUUUAUUUCGACAAUGUUUGUUUGUUUUUAUAGUUUUGUACAACAAAUUAAUUACAGUUUGCGCUUAAACAAAGAGAAACAAGAUGCUGAUUUUAAAUACUUAAGAAAAGAAAAGACAAACAAAAAGAAGUGAAUAGAGACGAAUAUUGAAAAAUAGAACUUGGGGAUAGUGGGAGCUCCCUCUGGUAAACAAUUAAUUUAUACAUUCUCCUCAACUUCAAGGGGAGGGCGUGGAUUUUGGUGGGUGGGUGCAAAUAAACCUUGAAUGCUUUGAAAAUUGUUCCGAGUUUACAUAUACACAAUAUAUAAAUCAACUUCAUUAUCAUAUCCGUAUCAUUACUCAUUUACUCGUUACUCAUUAGUCAUACUCAUCGAAUAUACAUCACAAUCAAAGUGUACGCUUUGUAAUUAUACGCAGUAAUCGGUAAUCAUAAUCUUUAUAAUUAUUAUAAUAAUAAUAGUUACGCUCUCAGUGAAUUUCUUUAUUUUUUGUUGUAUUUAUGCCUUCGAUUUAUU